AUGGGAAGCUUGCGAGAGUCCACUCCAUGGCGAGAGAAGGGGAAGUUCGCGGUCGCCGAAAUGAAAGGAUGGGAAGGAAUAUUGUCUGAAAAGGGAAGCAGCAUCGCCGACUUAUAUUUAAUGCGUGUCUACUCAAAUUGUUCAAAAUUGAUGGCUACCAAUAUCGAUAUAUGGCAGCCAGUUUCAAGAAGCAGCCCCGAUAAAUUCGAUUUCCUUGAGAAUCAGGAGUUGGAAAAGUUUCUUGCAAAGUCGGGAGUAUUUGAAAGUCGAGAAGCAUCUUCUAAAAGAGAGGAAGUUCUUGGUAGAUUGGAUCAGAUUGUGAAGACGUGGGUCAAGAACCUCAGUCGUGCGAAAGGUUAUAGUGAAUCAAUAGUUGAUGAGGCGAACGCAAAGCUUUUCACCUUUGGCUCUUACCGACUCGGUGUGCAUGGGCCUGGUGCUGAUAUUGAUACAUUGUGCGUCGGACCACAAUACGCGAGCCGUAGUGAAGAUUUCUUCGGCGGACUUCAGAAGAUGCUGUCAGAGAUGCCUGAAGUAGAAGAGCUGCAUCCUAUAACCGAGGCUUAUGUUCCGGUGAUGAAAUUCAAGUUUAACGGUGUUUCCAUCGAUCUACUAUACGCAAAUGUGUCCCUCUCCUGUAUUCCUGAAGACUUGGAUAUUUCACAAGAUUCUAUACUGCAAAACGUGGAUCCAAAGACUGUUCGUAGUCUCAAUGGCUGUAGAGUCACUGACCUAAUAUUGCGCCUCGUGCCAAAUGUUAAGACAUUUUGUACUACCCUAAAAUGCAUGAGGUUGUGGGCGAAGCAACGUGGCAUCUAUUCAAAUGUGUCUGGAUUCCUAGGUGGUAUUAAUUUGGCAUUGCUCGUCGCCCGGGUUUGCCAGAUGUAUCCAAAUGCUAUGCCUAGCAUGUUGGUCACUCGUUUCUUUAGAGUGUACGAUCAAUGGCGGUGGCCACUUCCUGUUAUGUUGUGCCCAGUUGAAGAAAAAUCUUUAGGAUUUCGGAUUUGGGACCCUCGGACGAAUUGCAUGGAUAAAUUACAUCGCAUGCCAAUAAUAACUCCGGCAUAUCCGUCCAUGAACUCUAGCUACAACGUUUCAGCUAGUACAUUGCAAUUCAUGGUACAAGAGUUUCACAGGGGGAAUGAAAUAUGUAAGGCCAUAGAAGUAAGCAAGGGUAGCUGCUGGGAUUCUUUGUUUGAGCCGUUUGCGUUUUUCGAGGCAUACAGAAAUUAUCUUCAGAUCAACAUAGCGGCAAAGGAUGGGGUUGACUUGUUGAAUUGGAAAGGAUGGGUCGAGUCUAGGAUCCGCUUGCUUACCUUGAAGAUUGAAAGGGACACGAACGGGAUGGUACAAUGUCAUCCACACCCCGGUGAAUUUUCGGAGAAAUCGAAGCCAUUUCAGCACAGCUAUUUCAUGGGCUUACAACGGAAACAACAAGGGAGUGCUAAUCCAAAGGAAAGCCAAUUACAAGUCGAUUUAAGAACAACGGUUGAUGAAUAUAUAAAUUACGACGUAUACAAAUACGCAUCUUGGAAGGAAAACAUGUCGAUUCAAGUGUUCCAUAUAAAGCGAAAAGAGAUACCUACUUUCGUCUUCCCUGGUGGGGUCCGCCCCUCUAAACCAAUCGGAGAGAGACACCUGUCGGUUAAAAGGUCAAGGUCAUGCACGACAGAUGCUGCUAUCGAUACCAUCAGCAAGAAGACGAAAAGAAAUGAAAAUACCGUACAUUUAGAUAUUAUCAGUGAGAUUCUUGGCAACUUUGAUUCCUCGCAACUGCUUCUUCUAGAAGGCCUGCGUUCGAAUAGUAGUAGUUCUAAGCCGUUGAUGGUCUUUACUGCAGAGCAAGAUUCGGGAGCUUCGAAAACGGGAAACAGCGGAUGCAACGUUCACAUGCAGCAGGAGCUUGAGCCUCUUGAACUUAUUGAACCAUCGAUCGCUUCUGUGCAUACGCCAACGCAAAAACCACUUAUCAGGUUCAACUUCACGUCUUUAGAAAGAACAAGGACGACAACGAACAUUGCAUCAUGCAAGGGAUAUCCGUUACUCACCACAAACGGAUCGGAGAUGCGCACGAUACCGACGGAGUAG